CGACAUUUGUGCAUCAUGACUACGACCGUCGGCCGCCAUGAGCGCCACAUCAUGCGCCAGAGAGGAGCUGGACAGAUAUCACUCGCUCAUACGCCUGAAAAGUGCCCGAUCUAUUCCUACAAACUUUGGUUUCAUCUUCCAAGCCGGUUCAAUCCAGCUCUCCGAAUCGUCAUCAACCUCAAACAACCUCUCGUUUACUGCUACCCUUAUAGAAGCCGACUCUCACCCCGAACAUCAGCCAUCUUUGGCAAAUGUGGCAGCCAAGAGAAAGAGAGUGGUCAAGGAAGACGAGGAGGAUGGUGAGAUUUGGUUCAAGAAGCGCUCCAAGAAGACAUCCACCAAGCAAGAACACAACGAGGAGACCGUGGAUACCGCGACUUCGAACGUAGCGCCAGACGAGCCACGGCCCGAGGCCCAAACGAAGCCGACCAAACGAAAAGUCGUACGGAAGCGCAUCUUGGUCCCAAAGCCACGUCAGAAACCAUCUACCAAGCCGCAACUCGACGCACAACACGACCAACCAAUGUCCACAUCAGAGGCGAUGCAAGAAGCCCCCACAGAAGUCGAGAAGAAGAUAAGGAAGCCUGCUACGGUCAAAGUCGCGAAGCGCCAGACGAAAGAGGCAGAAACUCCUGUUGUGACUAUACCAGAGAAGGGUCAAGAAGACGAGCUGAGCAAUCACUCUCUCCAUGCCAUCUCGGCAUCGCGGCCUGCUGCUUCCAAAGCCACUAAAUCUAGUCAGGACGUCCAACACACAGUCGUAGAGCCGAGAAGUCGAAAGAAGGCAGCUCCAGUCAGGAGAGUUGUGCGAAAACAGAAACCGGACAUCACUAUGACCACGCGACAAGUCGUGUCAGAGGACAGUCAAACGACUGCAUCCAUAGCACCGAUGGAGGAAAAGGGACCAAGCAAGACGCCAAAGGCCACAGACACCAAAAAGCUGAAAGAAGUCAACAGCCGAGCCGAGAAUCAGCUUGAGCGAGUGCAAGAGACUGAACAUAUCGAUGCUGUAACGCCUACAGAAGGACAGUCGAGUCCUACCCCGGCGACGCGGGAAGUUACAACAGAAACAGCGCAAUCACCGAAAAAGCGAAAACUAGUCAGAAGAGUGCGCGUCCCUAAGGUUCUUGCAGCGUCAGCGACACUGAAGACAACUCCUCCAGCAGACCUCACACCCCGCAAAGAUGGCACCAAGCCCCUACGAUCAAAAGGAAGAUCACCUCUGAAAGAACGAGAUAUGAACUCAACUCCUGAGGAUGGCGAGCCAAAGGAUGAUUCGAGAAGCUCUGAAAAUCGCAGCAAGAACAGUCAGAAAAUUGGAGGUGCUCUGCCUGGAGACACAUCCUUGCGAAAAACAUCAGCAGUAGCUGAAGAUGUAGACUUGAGUCUAUUCGAAGCAGCACCUUCGGCACAAAUCAUCAAGAAAAAGACCAAGACCACUAAGGCUCCUAAGAGGGUCUUCAACGAUGAUUCUGACAUUGAUCUUGACCAGAUGUUGAGUGGCAUUGCAGCUAUGGCUGAUCCCAAGGGAGUCACCAAAGUUACUGCCUCGAAUCCUAGUCGCGUCGUGAAGAGGAAAGCUGCAGCAUAA